UGUUUGAAUGUGUGUUUGUGUUUCAGAUCUUAGAGGAAACCUACAAGCUGGAGUUCCUGUACAGCGGUCUGGAGAGCAGGCAGGUGGCCACCAUCCAUCAUGUCCGCCUGCAGGCCAAAGCUCUGCAGCUCAUCCUCACUGCUCGCUCCAGGCAGGGGUUGGAUCCUCUCAUCAGCAGUUGUGAGAAGUUUCUGCAGGACAUUGAGUCAUUUCAGAGGCUGUUUCUGGCAGAGCUGCCCUACCUGCAGGACAGUUUUGUGGAUCAGCUGUUGGAGCUGCUGCCCCGGCUGUCGUCCUGUAAGCCGGUGGAGCUGGUGAGGAUCCUGCAGAGCACCCUGAGGCAGAGCGGCCUGCUGCAGCUCCCCCUGCCGGAGCAGAUCCACCGGGCGACAGCCACCAUCAUUGAGCCAACGGGAGAGUCUGACAACCCGCUGAAGUUCACCACCGGCCUGGUGGUGGCCCUGGACAUCGAUGCAACUCUGGAGCACGUCCAGGACCCCCAGAACACAGUGAAAGUGCAGGUUCUGUAUCCAGACGGCCAGAGUCAUGUGAUCCAUCCUAAACCUGGAGACUUCAGGAAGCCGGGCCCCGACAGACACAGACUGAUCACUCAGGUGUACCUGUCCCACAGCGCCUGGACAGAGCCGUCUCAGAUCGAGGUGCGCCUCCUGCUGGCCUACAGCUCCUCCUCCACCUCUCUCUCCUCCUCCAGCUCCCUCUCCUCCUCUCCGGCCUCCAGGCUGGGAUGGAGCGACAGCAUCGACGGCUUCCCCCCCCCAGAGCUCGCCGUAGAGGGAACCAUUCCGUUCAGCAAGCCUGUCAAAGUCCUCAUCAUGCCCAAACCAGCCCGGCGCUGACACGAGUAAACUGAGAACACACAGAACACACACAGAACACACACAGAACACACACACAGAACACACACACACACACACACACACACACAC